AUGGCUCAAUCCAUGACGGGAGAGCAGAUCAAGGCUCUAGUUGAUGCUCUGCCCCCUUUAGAACCAAAAGACUUGGGACCGGCAGUUCAGGGGUUCGCAUUGGCUUUCGGCAUCACUAGUGUCGUUGUGCUAUGCCUUCGAAUUUACGUUCGCGCGGGAUUAUCUGAUGUAUCACCACGGCUUUUAGGCCUUGAGGAUUACCUAGCAAUUCUAUCGACCCUUCUGUUCAUACCGGCUAUAGUCUUCUCCAUUCUCACGACACGGUACGGCGUCGGAUCCCACGAUGUCAACAUCCCAUCCCCGCUAUACCUAGUACAAGCCACCGAAUAUCAGACCUACUGGGAGAUCUUGUACUUCAUCUCGUCAACCAUUAUAAAAUGCGCCAUCGGGCUUACGUGUAUCCGAAUCGAUAUCCGAAGACGAAUAACCAUCCCUAUUUAUAUUAACAUGGCAAUUAUGAUCAUCGUGACCAUUCUCGCCUUAGCAUAUGUCUUUGCCAACUGCACACCAUUUGCAGCGACUUGGAACCCGGCUUUGGGAACAUGCCAGAAGCAGAUUAGUCUACAGACUGUUAGCUACAUCGUCUCAGCCAUACAAAUGGCAACGGAUUGGGCAUGCGCCAUUAUCCCCUGCUUCAUCGUAGCAGAACUGCAGAUGACAAGGCGCAGAAAAGUCUCUGCUAUUGCCAUUCUUGGCCUUGGUGUUUUCGCAAGUGUCGCUACUUGUAUCCGUAUGCCAUAUCUGAAGUACUACGAUGUUGCAAAAUAUCCGAAUGAGACAGCAUACCAUCUUGCAGUCAUCAGCAUCACCUCCAACGUCGAAUGCUGUCUGGGAAUGAUCGCAUGUUCGUUACCACCUCUACGGAAACUAUUCAAAUUCUACUACGGUUCUUCUCACGAGGGCAACUACCAGAUCACGGGCGAAAGCGAUCGCGCAGGCAACUCCAAUCUUGGCAUAAGACUCGACUCAGUUCAUGGUCAGAGAGGAAAGUUCCAUGCUUCGGCCCAAAAAGAUACCGCACGUACUCGAGACAAUGAAACGGAUGACGAUAAUUCUAGCAGUAGGGGGAUUAUCCGCAAGACGGAGAUUACUGUUAGCUCUUCAGAUUUUCGCGUCUAG